AGUUAGUUUUGAAAAAAAUCUACAAAGAGUGUUUUUAGAGAGACAAAAAAUGUAUUUUUUUAAUCAAAUAUUUCUGGCAGUGUUUAUUGGAUAUUAUUUUUCUUUGACAAGAGGACAAACAUAUCAACAAUUAACUGAAGAUGAACUCAAAAAAUUGUGUGCAAAUAAUAAUGUACAUUUAGCCGAAUUAAAAACACUUCACAAUAAUGUACAGAAUUUAUUAACCAAUAGUAUCACACCAACUGAAAAUCCAACAAAUGAAACACAUUGUUUGGGCAUUAAUUUACAACAUUAUCUAAAGAGAGAAAUGCACAUAGUGGAAAAAUGUAUUAAUGGAACAAUUAAAUUAGAUAACAGUAGCAUUCAAGCUAUUAUUAAUGAAAGUGAAAGAAAAUUGUGUGCUCUCAGUAAACUUGCCUCGUAUGAAGAAUAUCUUGGAGAAACUUGUCUUAAUAGCACCAGAUCUGUAGAAUGUCAAUCUGAUGCUAUAGAGAAUAUUAAACUUGAAAAUGCAAAUGAAUUUUCAAAUUUAGGAUUAACGUAUACUGAAAAUGGAAGGAAAAAUUGGUUAAAAAUGUUUGAUUGCGCAAUAAAUGAAGUCAAUAAAUCAUGUGAUAUUUUGGCAAAAUUGAAACAUGAACAACUAUCAAAAAAAGCCACUGACACUAUAAAUAAUAGAAAAAAAGCAUUUCAACAAAGCUAAUAUAUAUAUAUAUAUAUAUAAAUUACUAUUAAAAAAUACAUGUAAUAAUUAUUGAACAAUUAAUUACUGGGAAUUAUUAAA